AUGCGACUCAUUGAGGCUGGUUGCGCAAGAGAUGCGCCGUCGAGAGACGAGACAAGACGAGAGACUUUGCUAACAGAAGCCGUCGCUACAGGAGAAGCCGAACCUCGACGCUCCGUCAGAGCCACCAAGGGCCAGCACACAAAGGCCUUUGACGAGCUGGAGCCUGCCGCGCCGAAACGUCGACAGACCAAGAAGAACAAGAAGGCGGAGAAGGAGAAGGAGCAGUCGCAAGACCCCGAGGAAGUCAUCCGCUGCGUCUGCGGUGCCACCGAGCAGGACGAAGACUCGGGCGAGGCCUGGAUCUCGUGCGAGACGUGCUUCGUGUGGCAGCACAAUGUCUGCGUGGGCGUGAGCUCGUACGAAGACGAGAUUCCCGACAACUACUGGUGCGAAGAGUGCAAGCCGGAGAACCACAAGGAGCUGCUGGACGCCAUUGCCCGCGGCGAGAAGCUGUGGGAGGAGCGGCGAAAGGCGCACGAGGAGGAGGCCGAAAGAAAGAAGAAGCGCGGCGGGCGCAAGAGAGGGAAGCGAGGCAGCGAUUUCAAAGAAGAGCUCGAAAAGGAUGCCCAGGCAAAGGCAUCGCCUACUCCAGAUGCCGUGUCGAGAGAGAAGAAGGACGUGACAUCCGUGCUCAAGCAGGGCAAGCGAAAGGCGAGAGAGGACUCGCAGGAUGCAGACGGAAAGACAACAAAGAUGCGCCGCGUUUCGGAGGACGAAGCUGUUGCCUCUGCUUCCGCUUCUGCGUCCGCUUCCGUCUCGGCUGCAGCCUCUCCCUUGGUCAAGUAUGUGCCACCCGAGGACUUGACUGCAUCCAUCCAGGAUCUCCCUGGCACGCGAAUCGGCCCUGCCAAGGCGCUGAAGAAGUCGUUGGUUCACGUUAUUGGGUCUCUAGCCAAGAGCAACCACAUCCAGCUACCUGAAGAUGAAACUGCGGAAUCCCUCGCCGACAAGUAUGCGCUUCAGAUUGAGCGCGCCGUCUUCGACACACACCCGCUCUCCAAAGGCCAGAAGGAGUACAGCCAGCAGAUAAAGUCGCUGUCGUUCAACCUCAAGAACAACCCCGAGUUGUUCCAGGGCCUUUGGGCGCACGAGCACUCGCCCAUGACGCUCGCCGUCAUGACAUCGGAGCAACUUGCCUCGGCUGAGCUGCAGAGGCAGACGGCCGAGAUGAAGGCGAGAGCAGAGAAACAGUCCAUCCUGUACACCUCAGAGACGGGCCCUCGUGUUAGGCGCACGCACAAGGGUGAAGAAAUCGUCGAGGACGAGGGCUUGGUUACCAGUGAGGCGCCCAUGCCAUCCGCUGGAGGCCCUCGUCCAGGAGGAGAGGAGAGGCAGGAGCAAGAGCAGAGGCAGCAGCAGCCACAGCAACACGUUAAGCGCGAGUCGAUAGGAGGAAACGAGUUGGGCGAUGCUGGUCUAAGCCAGCGGUCCCCAAGCCAGUCGAAUUUCGAUAUUGGCAAGGUCUUCUCCGCUGUGAAAUCUCCCACUGCAGCUCAUCGUCGCCGGCCUUCUGCACCGGUCUUGAACACACACGGCCCCGGAUUCGACCCCGACGUCGACCGGAUGCUGCAGGACGAGACCGAAUCACCGCCUUACUCGCCUACGGAAGAGGCCACGGAUCCCGAUGUCAUCUGGCGCGGCUCGCUGGCGAUGAGCUCCAUUGCCGACUUCCAGGCCACGGCCAAGCACAUUGGAGGCGCCAAUUUUGCCUCGUUUGGCCCCUGGACCAAGCUGAUCCCGCGACAGAUGACCGUGGCCGGUCGGAUCCCGCAGCAGAGCGCCAUCGAGUACCUUUGCAGCCUGCGAUACAGCAAUUUGACCGACAUCAUCGUCGUCAACAUCACGCCCACGUCGCCAGACGCAAAGCAAGAGUUCAACAACCUCAUCAACUACUUUGUCAGCAAGAACAGGUAUGGCGUCGUCGGCAAUAAGGUGGCCGGUAACGUCAGGGACACGUACCUGGUGCCUGUCCCUGCCGGCGAGGACGGCCACCCCGAGUUUAUGCUGAACCUGGUGGACAACUACAUCCCCAAGUCCCGGACCGAGCCCCUGCUGCUGGCCGUCUUUGUCUACCGCAACGAGCCGGAUCAGCUGAAGCAGAUGCUGCACAACGAGGCGACGAAUGCCGCUGCCUCAUCGGCAAGCCCGAGCCCGAUUACGACUCAAUCUUCUGCUCCUCCUCCAGCUGGAUAUAGUCAGCGAAGCAACUCGACUUCUGGCCCGGCCUUUUCACCCGCCACGCCCCAAAUUGCAUCCUCUCCGUUCCCCAAUGCUCCUCCAAAUGGCCACGGACAAUCCGCCACGCCGGUUCCCAUCCCCCAGCUGCCGCACCUCAACCACGACCAGAGGAAACAAGCACAGCAAGAUGCCGGCGUCAUCACCGCGAGAGAAGUCCUAGGGCCCCUUAUCAGCGUGCCCACGGUACAAUUCAUUCUCCCGCAGGCAUAUCAGAUGACCCGACGAGAAUGGGAGGUGAUUAAGACCAUCAUUGAGCGAGACGUCCGUGCCAGAGACGACUUGAAGUACUUGGCAGAUCUGCUGGAGAAGGAAGGCACCGGAGGGAAUGGGAAUGGAAACGAUAACGGCCAGGGCGCAGCAGCAGCAGCAGCAGCGACGCCGUUACCACAGGUGGUGGCUGGUGUUGUUGGAGGAGGGCCUCCGCCGGUGAGAAAAGCUUAG